AAAUCAUUUAACAAUCCAAAUGCUUUAGUUUUCAAAUUGAAUCUUAGUUAUGUUAUCUUUGGUGCUUUAGGUCUUUACUUUUUAUUCUCUCUCACUUCUUCAAACAACGGCAAGGAAAUCUCCUGGCAAGAAUUUAGAAACCAACUACUAGAUAAAGGUUACGUUAAAAAAAUCAUUGUGGUAAAUAAAUCUCUUGCAAGAGUCAUUCUAAACGAUGCUGGUAAACAAAACCUUUCUUUAGUUAUCGGUUCUAUGAAUACAAACUCUCCUUACUAUUAUUUCAAUAUUGGUUCUGUUGAAAAUAUUGAACACAAAUUAGCUAGAGCUCAAAAGGAAAAUGGCAUCCAAGAAGACUUUAAAAUCCCAAUCAUAUAUGAAAAUGAAAUCCACAUCACAAAACACAUCUUUCAACUCUUACCAACUGUUCUAAUGAUUGCCGGUUUGUUUUGGAUUACAAAAAAAGCUGCUUCUGGCUUAGGCUCCGGUCCUGGCGGCAGAGGAGGUAUUUUCAAUGUCGGCAAAUCUAAGGCUAAACGUUUUAAUAAAGAAGAAAACGUCAAAAUCUCAUUUAAAGAUGUCGCCGGUUGUGAUGAAGCUAAAGAAGAAAUCAUGGAAUUUGUCAAAUUUUUAAAACACCCAGCUAAAUAUGAAAGACUUGGUGCUAAAAUCCCAAGAGGCGCUAUUUUGUCUGGUCCACCUGGUACUGGUAAAACUUUAUUAGCAAAAGCUACUGCUGGUGAAGCUGCUGUACCCUUUUUUUCCGUUAGUGGUGCAGAGUUUAUUGAAAUGUUUGUUGGUGUUGGUGCUUCAAGAGUUCGUGACUUGUUUAAAACUGCUAGAGAAAAUGCACCAUCAAUUAUUUUUGUCGAUGAAAUCGAUGCUAUAGGUAAAGCUAGAAAUAAAGGUUCUAUGAGUGGUGCUAAUGAUGAAAGAGAAGCCACUUUAAAUCAAUUGUUAGUUGAAAUGGAUGGGUUUGCUACCUCCGAUCAUGUAGUUGUUUUAGCUGGUACUAAUAUUCCAAACGUUUUAGAUCCUGCUUUAUUAAGACCUGGCAGAUUUGAUAGACAUAUCACUAUCGAUAACCCUGAAUUGGAAGGCAGAAAGGAAAUUUUUAAUGUUCAUUUGAAAAAAAUUAAACUUCAUGAUGAUAUCGAAGACCUAAAAGGCAGGCUAGCUACAUUAACUCCAGGAUUUUCAGGUGCUGAUAUUGCUAAUGUUUGUAAUGAAGCUGCUUUGAUUGCUGCGAGAAAAGGCGCCAAUGAUGUCCAAUUAAUUCAUUUUGAAUUGGCAAUUGAAAGAGUCAUUGGCGGUAUUGAAAGGAAAACAAAAUUAUUAUCAAUUGACGAAAAAAAAAUUGUUGCCUAUCAUGAAGCUGGCCAUGCCAUUUGUGGUUGGUACUUGGAAUUUGCUGAUCCAUUAUUAAAAGUUUCAAUUAUUCCAAGAGGACAAGGUGCAUUAGGAUACGCUCAAUAUUUACCAGGUGAUCUAUAUUUAAUGUCGGUUCAACAAUUAUAUGACAGAUUGACUAUGGCAUUAGGUGGUAGAGUCUCAGAAGAAUUAAAUUUUUCAACAGUUACAAGUGGAGCAAGUGAUGAUUUUAAAAAAGUUACAAGAAUGGCAACAGCUAUGGUAGUAUCAUUAGGAAUGAGUGAAAAAGUCGGACCAAUAAACUAUGAAAGAAAACAAGAUAACGAUUAUACAAAACCAUUCUCUGAAGAAACAGCUCAAUUAAUCGAUGAAGAAAUCAACAGAAUUGUUGAAGAAUGUCAUGAACGUUGUCGUAAACUAUUAACUGAAAAAUCACAUGAAGUUGAAUUAGUGGCACAAGAAUUGUUGACAAAGGAAGUAAUCACAAGAGAAGAUAUGAUAAGACUAUUAGGAAAAAGACAAUUUCCUGAACGUAAUGAUGCAUUUGACAAAUACUUGGAAGAUAAAACUAAUAAAAAUAAUAAUGAAGCUGCAUCACAACCAAACUAG